UUUCUCCUUUCCGCAAAACACACAAGAUCCUGCCAAUCCACGUCGCCAAAUCCAGGACACCAACGUAAAUUUAACCCAACUGAGAUGUGGAACUGAGCUUACGUGGCAAAAGCCACAGUACAAAAUUGAUUAUUAUUCCUCCUCAAAACAUCAGAAAGCUUGGGUUUGUGUUUGUGUAAGUAGAUGUGGAUAUAUCGUGACAAUGAUCAAAUCUCGAGAAUAAGGUUGCUGUUUUUGCUGAGUGGUUUUUCUGGUUAAUUAUUGGUAUUUUUACCAAACCCAUUUUUUUUUCUUUUUUAAUUAGGAAGUGACAGCAUCUGUGGUGGAAAAACUGAGACCUGUUUCUUCUCUGCUUUUGGCGUGGUUGAAUCCGUUGGGCAUUUGUUUGUGCAAAUGCCUGAAAGAGAGAUUUUGCCUAGAAGUUUUCUCCAAUUUGGGUUUUUGCUAUAAUCGCCCACCCAUCCACGUUGUUCACGCAAUCAUUCAGUUUUCGGAUACUCCUAGGUUCCAUCCCCUUUGUAAACAUCCUCGUAGUAUAGUUGUGUCCGUCCCUCUUAGUAAAUUCAGAUUGCAAGAAUUUAUUCUUUUUUUCCCCCGUGAUUGAAUUUGCUUUUCCAAAGAAUUCCAAUAACAGGGAAUCCCUUAGUUGUUUCAUUAGCUCUUUCUCAUUGUGUGUUUAGUUCUCUGACAUCAAUUAGCUAAAAGAUCUCAACUUUGUUUCCCCAAUAAUAGUCAUUUGCUUUUGCUAAUUGUAAGUUGUUUGAACAAAUUAAAAUGGCAAUUGCAUCCGGGUUGUUUACGCCAGUAGUGCCUAGUGGUGUUAGGAGGAGGUUUUCUGCAUCUAUAGGGAUUUAUCGAUCUGGGUUUUGGUUUUCCGAAGGUGUAUCUACGAAGAGGAUUGUAUGUUCCAGCAGUAUUGAAGGUGCUCAGGAAGUUUCUCCUUCUCAAUCUCCCGUGCCCAGACUUUAUAGCAAAGGUUGCAAACUUGUAGGAUGUGGAUCUGCUGUUCCAAGUCUUCUAAUUUCAAAUGAUGACCUUUCCAAACUGGUUGACACCUCAGAUGAAUGGAUAUCUACUCGAACUGGCAUUCGUAACAGAAGGGUUAUUUCAGGUAAAGAUAGCUUAACAGGUCUGGCUGCUGAUGCUGCCAAAAAAGCUCUAGAGAUGGCCGAGGUUGAUCCUAGUGAUGUGGACCUUAUCUUGCUUUGCACUUCCACCCCAGAGGACCUAUUUGGCAGUGCUCCACAGAUCCAAAAAGCUCUUGGUUGCAAAAACAAUCCUCUAGCUUAUGAUAUCACUGCAGCUUGUAGUGGAUUCGUGUUGGGCCUUGUUUCAGCUGCCAGCUAUAUUAGAGGUGGAGGCUUUAACAAUGUUCUUGUGAUUGGAGCUGAUACUCUUUCUCGCUAUGUUGAUUGGACUGACAGAGGAACUUGUAUCCUCUUUGGUGAUGCGGCUGGUGCUGUGUUAGUACAGGCCUGUGAUGGUGAAGAAGACGGUUUAUUUGCAUUUGACAUGCAUAGUGAUGGUGAUGGUCAAAGGCACUUGAAUGCUGGCAUCAAAGGAAAUGAGACUGAUCAUGGACUGGGUUCAAAUGGUUCAGUUCUUGGUUUUGACACCAAAAAUCCCGCAUAUUCCUGUAUCCAAAUGAAUGGCAAAGAAGUCUUCCGUUUUGCUGUUCGUGUUGUGCCACAGUCGAUUGAAUCAGCUCUGGGAAAAGCUGGGCUUCCAGCAUCCAGCAUUGACUGGUUGCUGCUUCAUCAGGCAAACCAAAGGAUUAUUGAUGCAGUUGCAACACGCUUAGAUGUCCCAUCCGAGCGGGUUAUAUCUAAUUUGGCAAAUUAUGGUAACACAAGCGCAGCUUCCAUUCCGUUGGCAUUAGAUGAAGCCGUUAGAAGCGGUAAAGUGCGGCCAGGGCAUACUAUUGCGGCUGCUGGAUUUGGGGCUGGCCUUACAUGGGGUUCUGCUAUCAUCAGAUGGGGUUGAGAAAAUGCAUACGUUGGGGAAAGAUACCCUCAAUUGAUUAAAGCCGAGAAAAAGAGGUGAGAGUAUGCUUUUGAUGACUGCCAUUGCAGGGCUAUUCGCUUCGAAAUUCGUUACAGUGCCGUUUUUUCUGGGAGAUGCAAUGGCAAAGUUUUGCUCGGCUCUUUUAAUGUUUAGUAUUUUGCUUUUUUCCUCCGUUCUUUGUAUUUAAUUGAGCCGAUCCCCACAGUUAGUGAGGAAAGGAGUUAGAUGUUAGCAUUAAAUUCCAGUACAGCUACAUCAGUAAAUUUUGGUUCUUUGUCCUCCUUUUUCCUAGUUUUGUUGCUUUCGAAGCUCUCUAUUCUAGUGUAAACAAAACUCUUUUUCUUCUUUCUUUUUUUCUUUAAAAGAAAAAAUUAAAUCUUGUAUGAACUUUUUUUUUUUGGU